AUGGCAACGGCGCCGAAGAAGAAGUUGAUUAGUUCCGACAACGAUACAGAGUGGUCGCCGGUUCUUGCCCCUGACCUGAUUCGAUCGAUCUUCGAACGUUUGAACUUUGCGGAGUUUCAUCGAGCUAUGUCAAUUUCUUUAGAUUGGUAUUCCACUGCGGAAUUAUGCUACAGACAAAACCCAACUCCAUGGCUCAUUCUCUUUUCAAACUAUAGACAUAUUUCGUGUAGGUUGUUUGAUCCUCUUCAUGACAAAACCUACGUAAUACGAGACCUAGGGUUUGAUUUCCAUAGGAGUUGUUGUUUGGCUACUUCUGGUAGCUGGUUGUUGAUGUUAGAUCAUAGAACCGAUUUUUAUCUUUUGAAUCUGUUUACUCGAGAGAGGAUUUGUCUUCCGACUUUGGAAGCAAUCGAUGGAUGGCAGAUGAAGUUUGAGAGGGUUGGUGAGUCUGAUUUCUUGAAGACAUUCACUUAUCGUGAAGGCUAUAGAAGUUAUUCUUCUGGUCUAAGCACCAAAGUUGUAAUAGAGAAUGCGGUGUUGUGGGUCGAUGAAAGAAGCCGAGAUUACUUAGUUGUGUGGAGCAUUGAGUGCUUCUUUGCAUAUCAUAAGAAAGGAGAUAAUAACAAGACCUGGAAAGUGAUUCAAUUAAAGAAGAAUGAAGAGUGCUCCGAUAUAGUGUUUAGAGAAAGCAAGCUUUACGUGCUUAAUCCAAAUCUAAACAUUACUGUUUUUGAUUUCUCUAGUGGUUCUCCAAAUGAAUGUGCAAGUUUCACAUCUCAGGAUAUUGGUCUCACAUUAUAUCCACUAUCUUGUUUCGGCCAUCUUGUUAUAACUUUGUCCGGAGAGGUUUUGCUGAUCAAAACCCGCCGAUAUGGGAUAUAUUCCUUUGAUGUUUACAAGAUGGAUCCAAAAUCAUCAAAAUGGAGAGAAAUUUAUUCUUUAGGGAAUGAAGCAAUUCUUUUGGAUCUAGGAACAACGAUCGCAGCCAAAGAUGGUUUUGGAUAAAACAGCUUAUAUUUAAGUAAUAUACAAUGGGAGUAGUUUAUGCAAUGAAAACAGUAAUUACGUUUACGAUUUUCUUAGGAGGUUGGUUGUCCAACGGUUUCAACACCUUGCAGAUUUAUCGCCAGUGCCUUUCAAGGAUUCUCGUUGGUUUUUCCCAACUUUUUGUGGCAAAUCGUUGCUCUAAAGCUAUCUAGUUUUAUGUUUUUGGUAAGGAUUAUUUCUCUUACAUUUUGCUACGUUUUAUGUUUAGGGUAUAACAACUAUUCUCAAAUAUUCCUCUCGGAUAUUUUCUUUG